UCCCUCGCCGACCUUCCCAUGGCACCGCCGUUCGCCGCCGCGGCCGUCUCCUCCUCCUCCGCUCUCUUCUCACCGUCGCCAUCCCGCCCCUUCAUCGGCCGCCAGCUGCCGCUGAGCUCCAUCUCCGUGCGGCCGAGGCGCGGCCCGCCCGCGGCCUCGGCCGAGUCCGCCGGGAAGCUCCUUCUCGAGGUGCACGGGCUUACCGCCUCCGUCAAGGAGACCGGGCAGCAGAUCCUGAAAGGCGUCGACCUCACCAUCCGCGAGGGCGAGGUUCAUGCGAUCAUGGGGAAGAACGGCUCCGGCAAGAGCACCCUCACAAAGGUACUUGUUGGCCAUCCACAUUAUGAGGUAACAGGUGGUACCAUUCUCUUUAAGGGUGAGAACUUGAUUGACAUGGAGCCAGAGGAAAGAUCUCUUGCAGGUCUCUUUAUGAGCUUCCAAGCACCUAUUGAGAUUCCUGGAGUGAGCAAUUACGAUUUUCUGCUCAUGGCAUUAAAUGCUCGCAGGGAGAAGGAUGGUCUCCCAGCUUUGGGGCCUCUUGAGUUUUAUUCAGUUGUAUCACAAAAAGUCGAGGCCUUAAAGAUGGAACCAAAGAUCCUUGAUCGUAAUGUCAACGAAGGAUUUAGUGGUGGAGAAAGAAAGCGCAAUGAGAUACUACAACUUUCUGUCGUUGGGGCUGAUUUAGCCCUCCUCGAUGAGAUAGAUUCAGGAUUAGAUGUUGAUGCACUUGAAGAUGUAGCUCAUGCAGUGAAUGGGCUCUUGACUCCCCAAAACUCCGUUCUGAUGAUUACACAUUACCAACGACUUUUGGAUCUUAUUAAGCCAAGCUAUGUUCACAUCAUGGAAAGUGGCAAGAUAGUGAAGACAGGUGACAGCUCUCUAGCCAGCCACAUCAACGAGGGUGGUUUCAAAUCAAUCGCUUCUUUUGUACAGCAUGAAUAAGGUCAAAUGCUCGAAUUCCCAGCCACUAGUCUAUUUGUCAGAAUAGAUUGGUCACUGGUCGGUUUCCAUACAUUCUUAUGCCUAGUACGACAUGCAGCCUGGAAGUGAAGUGCUGUAAAUUCAGUGUAAUUUUGGAGGAAGAGCCCUGGAGUUCUGAAUUGCCUUGGCCCUAUUUCUCUUUUAGGCCUGUAGGAUUUUUUUUUGGUUAACAAUAUUAGUACAGUAUACAGAGCAACACCUUGCAUGUGGAUAUGACCAACAAAAUUGUAUCGGAAUUUUCUCUUCAAUUGUAAACAGUUUUGAAUAUCAUGCAUUGCCUCUCUGGUAUGUGGUCAAGUUGUCCUCUCA